AACACGCAUUUCAGUUGCCUCAAAGCGUGAAAGCCAACAGGGACACAUCACGAUCAUUCCAGCGGACCAAAGGAGACAAGUGUGGGCAGACCGAGCUGACCCGGAAAGUUCCUUUCGUGGUGGUCAGCUUUUGUAAGUUGGGUGAUUGACCCAAACAUUGGUCCUUCAAAAGCCGUCGCUGAAAACUACAACAAGGGAAAAAGGAGUAUUGGAACAAUGAGCUACAACGACAACUACAAAUGCCCUUUUUGCCACGCUCGUCAUGGGCUUAGGAACUGUCGCACGUUCCUACAAUUGCCACCUACCCAAAAGGCCGUUUGUGUGACCGUUCAGGAAUACUGCGCCAACUGUCUUGGAAUGUCACACAAAGUUGCGGAUUAUCCCCUACUGGAAGGGUGUAGGAGAUGCCAAUUGCCCCAUAACACCAUGUUGCACGCGCUCGAUGAAACCGGAAAGGAGUGGCUAAAAAUGACGGCGGAGGUACUUCUGCAUAUACCUGGUCUCAUAGACUCCCCAAUAAAGGUAAGGGUGUACAUAAACCCGUUAAAGACCGAGAGUACUAUACGUUUCGGUGGCCCCCUUCCCGCAUUCAAGCCAGAAUUCGGAGCUUCGGUUCGUGUGGUGUUGACUUCUAUGAGGAAUCGGGUGCGUACAUAUACUGGCACACUAAAGCGACGUCACAAAGCACCACGCACUAUGCCCAGUCGUCCGCUUGAUUUACGUUGCCUCAAGGGCCUGUACCCAAAGAAGGAUGUAGCGGAUCAGGAACUCUAUCGACCUGGGCCUGUGAAUAUUGUUUUGGGAAGUGAUGCCUCAGAAGGCAUAUUCAUGGGACUACCAGUCUUCAGGCCUAACUUGCCGUAUGCCCAAAAAACCAUAUUCGGGUGGACGUUCUUUGGGGAAGUUCCAGUCAAUCGUUCCCAAAUUGUGAUACCUGACUCCAUGGCACUUCAGGAUUAG